UCGCAACCUCCCACUAAAACUAGAAAUCAUGGCAACAGGAGAUAUCGGACUCAUUGGCCUUGCUGUCAUGGGCCAAAAUCUCAUCCUUAACAUGAACGACAAAGGCUUCAAUGUCGUCGCCUACAACCGCACGACCAGCAAAGUCGAUCAUUUCCUCGCUAACGAGGCCAAAGGCACCAACGUCCAGGGUGCUCACUCGAUUGAGGAACUCGUCUCUAAGCUUAAGACACCCCGCAAGAUUGUACUCCUUGUGAAGGCUGGCCAAGCCGUCGAUGACUUCAUCAAGCAGCUCGAGCCCCAUCUUGAGAAAGGCGAUAUUAUCAUUGAUGGUGGUAACUCUCACUACCCCGACUCUAUCCGCCGCACGCAGGAACUUGAGGCCAAAGGUCUUCUUUUCGUCGGCUCCGGCGUUUCUGGUGGCGAGGAGGGUGCCCGCUAUGGUCCUUCGCUCAUGCCUGGUGGAUCCACUGCCGCUUGGCCGGCGAUCAAGGAAAUCUUCCAGAAGACUGCUGCUCAGGUGAACGGUGAGCCAUGCUGCGACUGGGUAGGCGAAACCGGUUCUGGACAUUAUGUGAAGAUGGUCCACAAUGGUAUCGAGUAUGGUGACAUGCAGUUGAUUGCCGAGGCAUACGAUAUCUUGAAGCGUGGUCUUGGCCUCCACGAGGAUGAGAUUGCGGAUAUCUUCACCAAGUGGAACACGGGCGUUCUUGACUCCUUCUUGAUCGAGAUCACCGCCAACAUCCUUAGGUUUAAGGAUGACGAUGGUGAACCCGUUGUCACCAAAAUUCUCGACAAGGCUGGUCAAAAGGGAACCGGUAAAUGGACCGCCAUUGCCGCUCUUGAUGCCGGUACUCCCGUUACUCUCAUUGGUGAGGCCGUGUUCGCACGUUGCCUGUCUGCCAUCAAGGAGGAACGUGUCCGUGCGAGCAAAAACAUCGCUGGUCCUCAGAAGGAGGUCUUCAAAGGUGACAAGCAAUUGUUCAUCGAUGACCUCGAGCAGGCUCUGUACGCGUCCAAGAUCAUCUCUUACACGCAAGGUUUCAUUUUGAUGAGGGAGAACGCCAAGGAACUCGGAUGGAACUUGAACUACGCUGGCAUUGCCCAAAUGUGGCGUGGAGGCUGCAUCAUCAAGAGUGUCUUCCUUGGAGACAUCACCGCCGCUUACAAGAAAAACCCACAACUCGAAUCUCUCUUGUUCGAUGACUUCUUCAAGAAGGCUGUCCACAAGGCUCAGCCAGGAUGGAGGCGCAUCAUCGCUCAGGCCGUUCUAUGGGGCAUCCCCACACCCGCUUUCAGCACUGCUCUGUCCUUCUUUGAUGGUUACAGGAGUGAGAUCGUUCCAGCGAACCUCAUUCAGGGCCAGCGUGAUUACUUCGGUGCCCACACAUUCCGUGUCCUCCCUGGCAAGGAGAACAGCAAGUUCAAGGCUGGCGCGGAUAUCCACGUCAACUGGACUGGACGUGGAGGAAACGUCUCUGCAUCGACCUACAAUACCUAGAAUUUCUCAUUGGUGCCGGAAGUGAACGAAAAAUUAGUACAUGGUGUAACAUUUUGAAUCUGUAUUGACCAGGCA